AUGACGCCCGUGCUCACGCUACUCCUCUUGCUCGUGGCAGCGACAGUAGUUCGAUUUGCCGUGUCUAUUCCGUAUCAGUACUACAAUCAACACUACCGGCAUCCGCACCAACCCACCGACGACACAAUUCAUGCGCACAUCCUCGUGGAUGUACCUCCAAGCCAAAAGACAAAGUCGCACCUUCGCCGUGAUACGUUUUACAUUGAGCCAUGGACUGGUCAAUGCAAAAACACUGUCCACGGUUUAGUCUACGCAACGGACGCCCGCGGCAUCACAUGCAAGCGAAGCAAUCUCAUGCCAACGGGGUGCUGCAGCGACGGCGGCCGAUUUAGUUGCAGCACAUGCGACGUGGAAGCACCACAUUGCUGUUCAGCGUACGAACGAUGUGUGUCAUGCUGCAUGGGCCCUACCAACACCGCACUGGUCCAUGCCUUUAUGGCCCAUGCAGACCCAAGGCAUCCCGUGUAUGGCCAGCCCUCGUCCGACUUGACCUUGUUUGAAUUUUGUUCGUUUCGUUGCCGCACGUCGUCCGCUGGCGUGCAGCACCAGAAUUCGUAUCGGAGUUCCAAGAAACAUUGCUACGGCAUCCAUCGCCCCUUGAAAGAACUGGACGUCGUCAACAGCGACGAGUCGGUCCUCCACAAUGUCACGACGCGUCCUGUCCACGACGAGUUGCGUGGGCCACGCAACUCGGCGGCAAUCCCACCAUCCCAACUCGAAUACGACCCCUUCUACUUAGUCAAGGCCUGA